AUGUCAAACUGCAAAAGUAUUUGUGCUGUUUGCUCCAGGACCGUGUACAGCUGCUAUUGGGGAAAACCACGAGAAUCAACCAAAAGCAAAACAAAAGCAUGCUUGUGGUUCUCCAUUGUGGCCGUGGUUACUGUUACGGCCCUGGCGUGGAUGUAUAUUUGUAUGGUCACUUAUAAUGACCAAGAAGAUGUUAAUUGGAAAGGUUUCACUGCUCUACACUUGUGGAUUAACUGGUUUAUGGUUUUGAUCAUUCUUUCGGCUUUGAUAACAGCCUAUUGUGUCUUCCUCCUGAUAUUUGCUUUAAUACAAGUUGCCUUAAAAGGGCCAUUGAAUCUACAUUGGGCACAUAAGAUUUUUCUUUUGGUUGGGAGCAUAUUCAUUGCUUCUGGAGUAAUAGGCAUCAGUUUGGUGUGGAAACAAGAAUGGCUGACUGUUCGGCUCUCACUUGAGGCUACAAGCCCAUUUCUGCAAUUUGGUGCUGUUGGGGCCUUGACGCUUUUAUGCAACAUGGUUUUCAAAGCAAUCUUUACCACUCGUCAAACGCUUUCCAGGUACAUUAUUGGCUCAACAUUUGCCACGGUGUCUGUGGUCCUCUUUUUGUUGCCGCUGUGUAUCCGGUCUCCUUGUUUCAUAGAAAAACAUAAGUUACCUGCAAAGCCAAUGCUGAUUGGGCAUCGAGGGGCCCCCAUGCUGGCUCCAGAAAAUACCAUUAUGUCAUUCAAUCGCAGCAUAUCAUGUGGAAUUAAAGCCUUCGAGACAGAUGUUCAGCUCAGUGAGGACAGAGUACCCUUUCUGAUGCAUGACAACGACUCCAACUUUCUCCUGAGAACGACCAACGCUAAGGACGCAUUUCCACACAAACCAUUGCACACGAGUGCCAGUUUGACAUGGGCAGAAUACCAGAGCCUGAAUGCAGGUGAAUGGUUUGUCAAGACUGAUCCCUUUAAGACAGUUUCACAACUUUCUGAGGCUGAGAAAGAAAUGGCCCAAAAUCAGAAAAUCCCCACUUUACAGCAGCUCCUACAACUGGCUCAGCAGCACCGCAUCCAUGUCAUGUUUGAUUUGUACAGUCCUAACCAAAAAGAUGACACCAUCGAUACGGUGAAAACCAUCCUGCUCUCUGGCAUAGACCGCAAUCUGGUUCUCUGGCUUCCCCCAACAGAAAGAGACUAUGUCAAAGCGUCGGGAUUCACUCAAGUCUAUAAUAAUGUGGGUGAAAUGAAACGUAAAAAUGGAACCCAUUUGAACCUGAAAUACAGCAAGAUCAGUACAAGAGAAAUCAGAGAACUUCGAAAGAACAACUUUGAUGUAAACUUGUGGGUGGUGAAUGAGAGGUGGCUCUUCUCACUGCUGUGGUGUGCAGGAGCCAGUUCUGUGACCACCAACUCAUGCCACACUCUCAAGGACAUGGAGUGGCCAGACUGGACCAUAACCCGUCAACUGUACAGAAAAAUAUGGCUCACUGUGGAUAUAGUAUCUCUUCUGAUAAUGGCAGGGCUAUUUGUUUAUCAAUGGCACGAGAACCAGAAGGAAGUCAUAAGAGUGGAAGAAGAAAAAACUGUCUCCUUUCUUACAAGCAAAUCGUUUGAUGACAACACCACUGUAUCAUUAACCAGUGGGCUUAUUUCUGACACAUCUACAGACAAAAUAUCUUAA